AUGUCGGAUUUGCUCUAUUCAAUGUCAAGUCAAAUGAACGCCGACCACCAGAGGUGAGUUAAAGCUGUUAAAUUUAACUCACUUACCUUAUCAAAAGUUAGCUAAAAAAUGGCGGGAAAACUUUGAUUGUGCGAAUUCUGAGUACAGAAAGAAACAGUUAAAAAAAAUAAGUGUAUACAAAUACAGAGUUAUAUCUCCGGUUAAUAAUCAGUUUCAUUCAGUUUAUCAUCCGAGGAGGUUCGAAUUGGCAAUAGUUGAAAAUGGCUUCUUCAGUGAUCGAAAAUGGUGUAACUUCUGCUGAUAAAUCAGUUGGCAACGUAGAAAACAAUGAACAAAAAUACUGCAAUGAGGAAGAGAUGCAGUAUCUAAAUAUGAUUGACCGCACUAUAACCACUGGAAAUAAACGGCUAGAUCGCACUGGAGUGGGUACUUUAUCCAUCUUUGGUAGCCAGAUGCGCUAUAACCUCCGAAAUAAUGUACUUCCUCUGCUUACUACGAAGCGUGUAUUCUUUCGAGGCGUGGCAGAAGAGCUUCUAUGGUUCAUUAGGGGUAGCACAAAUGCCAAGGAUUUACAAGCUAAAAAUAUUCACAUUUGGGACGGCAAUAGUACCCGAGAGUUUUUGGACGCCGCUGGAUUUGUCGAUCGAGAAGAAGGUGAUCUCGGUCCGGUGUAUGGAUUCCAGUGGCGCCAUUUUGGUGCAAAAUAUAAAACAUGCAACGAAGAUUACACAGGCCAAGGGGUCGACCAACUGACGGAAGUGAUUACCCGUAUCAAAAAUAAUCCAACCGACCGGCGCAUCAUCAUGAGUGCUUGGAAUCCAAUUGACAUUCCACAAAUGGCUCUUCCUCCAUGUCACUGUUUGGCGCAGUUUUUUGUUGCCGAUGGCGAGCUCUCGUGCCAGCUAUAUCAGCGAUCAGCGGACAUGGGCCUCGGAGUCCCAUUCAACAUUGCCAGUUACGCACUCCUCACGCAUAUGAUAGCACAUGUUACCGGACUAAAGGCUGGUGAUUUCGUUCAUACCACUGGUGACACGCACGUGUACCUCAAUCAUAUUGAACCUUUGAAAGAGCAGUUGAAGAGAGUACCUAGGCGGUUUCCUACACUUCACUUCAAACGAAGUAUCCAAUCAAUAGAUGAGUUUCAGUUUGAAGACUUGGAGGUUCGCGACUACGAUCCGUAUCCAACUAUUAAGAUGCAGAUGGCCGUUUAAUCAAUAAUCUUAAAAUAAGUAGAAGUUUCCAGGAAAAUUUAGGUUUAAAAAUCAUGGAAUGAUAAAAUAUGUUAUACCGUACCACUGCUCCUGUAGUUUCCCUUCACCGCUCACUGUAUAAAUAUUUUUAUAAUGUUUUUUCUUAAUGCCGCGGAUCCACUUGUAUGACAAACUAGGAACAUGAGCAUUAUUUGCUUUGAUUUCCCUCUUUUCACAUGACUUUUCCUGAAGCUUGCAUGUCACAGUAAUUAAUUGAAAGCUUUCUAUGCCAACUAAUGCAUGAAUCUGUAUUAUUACAAGCACAGUGAUACUCUAUGCCCAGGGAAGUUGAGAAAAUUUCCAACCUGGGAAUGGAACAUACUGAGUUCAUAAGGUUAUACGAUUCCGCGUCCAUAAAUCAUAGGCACUUUCAAUACCACUUUGAGUUUUCUAGGGAGUUAAUCUCGGGCACUAUUGCGAUUUGAGGCACUUAAUUGUCAUCACAGUUUUGUUAUUGUAUGUUUUCCGGUAGCAGAUAAUGGACUCCUGGAUAAAGCGAAUUGGAACCAGAGCCCGAGGUUCUGGAUCGUAUCACCUUAAAACUAUGUCUAUGUUCUGCGUCCUGCUUUUCAUUAGUCAGGCAAAAGAUCCCUUCAGACCUAACGCGUUUGUCAUAGUGGUCUUUGGUUUUUUGUUCAUUUUUUUUUUUUCCUUUUAUUUGUUUUUUUCCGUCGAUCUUGUUUUCCGUGCUGAGCACCAAUGCUACCGACGUGCCAGGAAGGCAGCUCCCACACCUGGACCCU